AUGGACCGCGACGUCGCCGCUAGCGACGAUGCUGACCUGCCGGCACACCACGUGCGUAACGCGGGAAUGUUCGGGCCGCGGUUCCAGAACCCGUUCCCGGAGUGGCGGUUCCCGACGCUGUCCGAGUUAUGGAAGGUGCUGUGCACGAAGAUUGACGGGAGCAGAAUGAUUGUCGACCGCUUGACCAAGGGGGGGGGGUCCAAGCUGGUGGGGAACGCGGCCCCGACGGAGGCCGACUUCCUGCGCGCGUUCCCGACGGAGGACGUCGACGUGGACGGCAUGCGCAGCGGCCCCCCCGGGGGCGGCGUCCAGGUCACAUGGCUGGGGCACAGCUCGUGCCUGGUGCAACUGGGCGGCGUCUCGUUCCUCACGGACCCAGUCUUCGCGGAGCGCGCGUCCCCCGUGCAGUGGUUCGGCCCGAAGCGCGUCGUGCCCUGCCCGCUCGACCUCGACGCGCUCUCGGACGACGAGCUGCCGCCACUGGACUUCGUAGUGAUCUCGCACAGCCACUACGACCACCUGUGUCUGCCCACGUGUCGGCAGCUGUCCAGGCGCUAUGGCGCGUCCAUCACGUUCUACGUGCCCCUGGGGCUGCGAGAGUGGUUCGCGAGGAACGUGCCGGGCGCCGUCGCCGUCGAGCUGGACUGGUGGGAAACCGUCGAGCACAACGGAGUCAGGGUGGUGUGCGCCCCAGCCCAGCACUGGUCGAACCGCUCACCGCUCGACCGCGACCGCACGCUCUGGGCCUCGUGGGCCGUCCUCGGGCCCGGCGCCGGCGAGCGCUUCUGGUUCGCGGGCGACACGGGCUACUCGAAGACCCUCGUGGAAGACUUGCGCGCGCACCUUGCGCCCCUGGAUGUCUGCGCCAUCCCGAUCGGAGCCUACGAGCCCUUCUGGUUCAUGGAGCCGCAGCACGUCGACCCCGCGCACGCCGUCAGGAUCCACGCCGAACUUGGCGCGCGGGCGUCGUUUGGAAUCCACUGCUGCACGUUCAACCUCGCCAUGGAGCCGCUGGACGAGCCCCCGAUGCGGCUGGAGAAGGAGGUGGUCUCGCAAGGUUUAGAUCCAGGCGCGUUCGUGGUGCUGACGCAGGGCCGGCUCGACCGCCGCUGGGCGCGCGCCUCCGCCGCGCAGCGCUCCAACCCCUCCGCCGUCGAGUCCUCCGCCGUCAACGUCGCCGCCGACUAG